GCUGCCGUGGUGAUGGGGGUCUCACCGCCCCUCCCCGCAGGGCUGUGGGUUCUGAGCCCCCGCACCCAGCAGACAUCGGCGCUGCGCAUCGCGGCCGCCCGCGGUUACGAGGAGUGCGCCCGGCACCUGCUGCUGUGCGGGGCGGAGGUGGACGCCGUGGUGGGUGGGCGGGGGGCUCUGCACGACAGCGUGGCCGCCCCCCGACCCUCAAGCGCCCGCCUGCUGCUGUCCUUCGGCGCCGACCCCAACCUGCUCAGCUCGGACGGCAGCGCUCCGCUGCACCUCUGCACGGCGCCCGACAGCCUGCAGUGCGCGGAGCUGCUGUUGGCCCACGGCGCCCGGGUGAACCUGGCGACGCGGGAGCGCGCACUGACGGCGCUGCACGUGGCCGCGGGGCGGGGCUUGGCGGAGCACGUGGGGCUGUACCUGCGGCACGGCGCCGACCCCGCGCUGCGCAGCCGCCAGGGCGAAACCCCCCUGAACGCCGCCUGCUCCGGAGCCGAGCGGCCCCGCGACGCCCCCGCGUAUUGCCUGGUAGCCGAACGGCUGCUGGCGGCCGGAGCGGAUCCCGGGGCCGCGGGGCGGAAAGGCCACACUCCCCUCCACAACGCCUGCGGGAACGCGCAGCACGCUCUGGCACGGCUGCUGCUGCGGCACGGCGCCGAUCCCACGGCGACCAACGGAGCUGGGGACACCCCCAUGGACUGCGCGCUGAGAGCCGUCCCGGAGUACCGCCGGCACCGCCCCGAGAGCAUCAUUGCGCUGCUGCUGGAGCACGGAGCCGGGCCUGUGCGGCCCAAGGUGGGGGAUGGGGGGACGCGGGGAUGCGGCACCGGUGUGAAAUGGGGACGAGGUGUCAGCGGGGUGGGGGCGUGAUGUUGGUGUGACGUGAGGGUGUGGCGUCCGUGUGCCU